UCGCUAUCAAUCUUUCCUUCGGUACCCUGUUUAUUCUGCUCACGGACAGUGGAUAAAACACACGCAUGUCAUAUGUUGCGUCCAAUUUUAAAAAUCGAAUACAAAUAGUGAUAAACAUCAGAAAGUGCUGUGAUUAAUUAAAAUGAAGAUCGUCUUCCUCUUCGUAUUAUUAGGAUGUGGGAUUACCCUGGGUUUAAAACAAUGCUGCCCAGAUAACGUUAUAAUGAGAUCGGGCGGUUACUGCAGAAUGACACGAGUCAAUAUGAACUGCACUUUGGGGCACAUGCUUUUGAAAGAUGUUAUUGUGAAUGGAACUAGCUUGUCUACUAUGGAUUCUCCUGAAUACGUAUUCACAGAUGAUCCAGAUCGAUACUGCCUGAGCCAAAUGUAUAAAAAUCAGAGUUUACCUCAGCUAGGCACGAUUCCAGUUGCUGUGAUGUGUUAUGAAGAGAUAAAACUCUCCAAUGAUAUUGAGACUAGUGGUAUUCUCACUCUGGUGUCAGUUGUAUUUCUGCUUGCUACUUCGGCUGUGUACAUUUAUCUACCACAACUCAGAGACCUACAAGGAAUAUGCUACAUCUGCAUGUGCAUGAGUAUGGCACUUGGUUUUCUAUCACUCGGCAGUAUGCAGAUAAGUCCUGGAUUUAGCGAAGACAUGUGCACAGUAGCAGGUUUCCUAGUCUACUUUUGGAUGAUGGCAACAUUUUUCUGGAUGAAUGUGAUAAGCAUCAACAUGUAUCGCACAGUACAGGAUGCAACAUAUCUGAAAAAGACGGAACGAAAGCAGUGCCUUAUCUACAACAGUUAUGCUUGGGGUUGCACCUUGGCUUUCCUCGUAAUAGCCCUAACCACGAACUUCAUAGAGGGAGAUCACUACAAGCCCGGUAUAGGCCAAGGCUCCUGCUGGUUUAACGGGCGCGCUGAAACCUGGCUUUACUUCUAUGGCCCCGUCGCGAUCCUCAUUGCAAUUAAUGUCAUCCUUUUUAUACUAUCCUCCUACAGCUUAUGGACUCACAACAAGAAAUAUGAGGUUAACAAACUAAAUUAUCUUAAACGCAAAUUCCUUGUAUCGCUGAAACUAUUUCUUGUAAUGGGGAUUAAUUGGAUAUUUGAAAUAGCCAGUUUUGCACAUGGCGAGAAACAUAUCCUUUGGAAAAUAAUGGACACCUUCAACUGUCUCCAAGGUAUCGUGAUAUUUCUGAUACUGGUAAUUCUAAGACGUCGUGCAAUGCGAGGACUUGCCGAAGAAGGAUUCUGUCUCUUCGUCACCAGACCACUUGCUAACAAAUUAAGCCCAGAUGAUGAUGCUGAUGAAGAGCAAAUGCUAGAUGAUACAGUAGAAGUUAGGCUUAAUUAAGAGCGUAAGAAAGCAGGGUAUAUUUUGUAUACGAUGUAAAUAUAUCAUAUACAUACAUAAUUCUAUUUGUAUAAACAAGUAUGGGUUUUAAUAGGCACAGAUUGAAACAAAAUCACUUAAAGAAGGAAGACAAAUGGUAUUUUACCUAAGCGCCUUUAAGUGGAUCCAAUAGAAUUAUUUUCUUAAAUGUAUGUAAUUGAAAAAAAAUUUUUUCUUAAUACAAAAUCAUAUUUAUUGUUCGCAACACUUGAAUAGUAAAUUUUAAAUUGUAUAAUAUAUUCGAGUUAUCAUAGAAUCUCUAUAUAAUUAUGUUAAAUAAAAUGUAAAUAUAUAUUUUUUUAAUUUUAGUCACGUAAAAUUAAAAUAAUUGUCAAUGAUAUUUUUAUAAAACAAUUACGAAUAUGUAACAAUAACUAAUUAAGUAUAAGUACUUGCUAGAAUUACUAAGUAAUGCUCAUAAUAUUUCCUACAUUUAAACGACAGAAGUACGUGCCAUAAUUGUUGUAAAUUUAAAAUUUAAAUAUGAUCUGACUAUUUUUGGUAUAAAGUCUACAGAAUAUAAAUAUUAUGUACCUUUACUUAUGCCGCGUUAUGUGGUCAGCACAACGCGUGUUGCGCUUGUUAAAUAAAGAAUAUUUGAAAAAAAUA